CCCACACACACACUCACUCAGACAGACAGACAGACAGGGAGAGAGGGGACGUGUGUGUGUGUCAGCUCAACCAGCUCAACCAGUUCAAUCAACAACCUGUACUGUCAUUAUGUGUAUGUGUGUGUGGUGGGUGCAUGUUUGUUAAACGCCCCCCAUCCCAUCUCCCUCCCUCGCCUGUCUGGCUGGCUGUCACCUGUUGGCUGCACUGCAACGCACCACUCACUACCCACACCCAUCUCACCUGGCUCACAAACACAGCUGGCGGCCGGCCACAGAAAGAAAAAAGACAACGGGCCGACCGGUCUGUCUAUGUCGCACCACCCACACACACGUGGGCAGGCGGAGAGGAACGAAAGCACGCAAAGAGGGAAAAGUGUGCGAGCUGAGCGUGGGUGAGAGAGUGGGUGUGGGUGUGGGUGUGGGGUGUUGUGGGCUGUUGCUCAUGAGGUGACCAUGGCCGUGGCCCCCUCGCCGUGGAGGUCGUGCUCGGCCGUGUUGAGAGCUGACCGCGGUAGGGACAUCUUGGCCUCGAACUGGGUCUGCAGCGACGCCCACUUGCGCGCGCGGUCAUCCUCGUACUGCUUCUGUCUGCAGGCCAACACACACACGCACACACAAACCAUGCCGUUGCUGCCUCAUCUCGACUGCGUGGCGUGUGUGGUGAGUGAGGGGGGGGGGGACGGCCAAUGCAGUCAGUGGGUUUGGUUUGGUUUACUGACUUUUCCUCCGACUCUCUGUGUUUGUUUGAGCAUUCGUCGAACAGCGGCGGGUCGGCCUCCAUCAGCAGCUUCAACACGUUGUACGUCAAGCCGUGGACAGUGCUGACCCACCGAUGGAUGGAUGGACGGAUGGAUGGAACAAAGGCAGACAGGCAGGCAGGGACACACACGCAGCAAAGCGACAUGCAUCACCACACAUCACAUCCUCUAGGUAUGUGUGUAUGUGUGUGGUGUGUGUCAGUCAUGUUUUGUGGGUGGUGUGGUUGGUGGUUAUUACUUGUUCCAGUGGUGUUUGGAGUUCUUGUACAGCGCACCAAUGACAAUCGGGAACAGCGUCUGCAGUGAGUGAGUUGCAGAGAUAGAAGGGAGAGGAGAGGGAAUGGGUGGGACGCACGGCCGGCUGGCGGCUGGCUCUGUGUGUGUGUGUGUGUGUACCUGUCUGUUUUGGUUGAUGAGUUUGACGAUGUAAUCAUUGUUCCACAGAAACAGCACACGCUCAGCAACCUGCACACACACACACACACACAAAGCACCACAGCAGUCGUGUGCAGGUGUGUGUGGCCAUCCAUCCAUCCAUCCAUCCGUCCGUCUGUCUGUCUGUGUGUGUACCUGGAAGUGUGGGCUGACGAUGCAGGCGGCCACCUUCUUGAACAGGGGCUCCAUCACACGCUGAAACUCGGGCGGCUGCGUCAACUCCAAUAUCUGCCACAUCCCACACACACACAGAUGGAUGGAUGGAUCGAUGUGGUCUCUCUGUCUGUCUCUCUGUUGGUCGUUCCUGUGUGUCCAUUACCUCUUCCAGCUCGUUGAGGAAUAGGACCUCCUUUGGUGUGUUGGUGACCGGCCAGUACCGCAGCAAACCCAUCAGAAUCGUCUCGGCCAAGCGGGGAUCCUUCUCGACAAACCUGACACACACACACACAGAGAGAGGGGGGGAGACCCACCGGUGUGUGCGAUACACAGACACAUGUGUGCAGCCAGCCAGGCGUCCUUACUGGGUCAUGCAGUAAGCGAGUUGCUGGUGGAAUGCGUUGAGCGUGCGGGCCUUGUGGAGGGGGAUGAGCGAGUGCUCCAGGAACUGACGGUGCUCCUCCUUCAGCGGCAACGCAAACCCGUUGAUAAUACUGCAGACAGCCACACACACAACACACAACACACACAGGGCCUGGAUGGACAAAUGGUAUGUGUGUCUGUGUGUGUUGUGUGUGUGUGUCAGUCGGCACGUCUGUCUGCGCACCUGCCGAGGAUCUCGAGGAGUUCAGCGAUUCCGUUGCGGACCUCGCACUCGUAGACGAACUUGUAGAAGACGUUCUGGAUGGCCUUCCGCACAAACGACCUGCAAAGCCAUCACAUCAAACCACACAUAGAGUCAAAGUGGGAGUGUAGUCUCUCUCUCUCUCUGUGUGUGUGUGUGUGUGCUCUGCCUGUCGGCUCUCUCUCCGACCGCCUCAACCUCUCUCUCUCUCUCUCUCUGUGUGUGUGUGUGUGUGUACCUGAGUGCCAUGAAUUUGCCGUAGAUGCGAUGCAGGAUGGUCUUGAGGUAGUCGCGCUCACGGGGAUCCUCAGACGCGAACAACUCCAGCAACUGACAGACAUGAACGAACGAAGAACGAAUCAGUGUCGCACCACAAGACACACCACACCGUGCCAAGACACUCCAUCACGUGUGCUGACUGACCUUGACAACGAAGUUUUGGUCGAUGAACUUUUUGGCGACUUUUGGGUCGACGUCAUUGGAGACCACGAACCGCAGGAAGAACUCAUAGACUAUCUGCAGGUGCGGCCACGACCUGCACAGCACAAACCAACACAGCCAGACACACACACACACAUACAGAGACAGAGAGAUGUGUGUGUGGGGUGGGGGUGUGUGAGUGUGGGGUGGGCACGCUUCUAGCGUGGGUUCCUCUUCCUCCGGGUCGUAUGUGAUGACGUUCUGCGUCGUGGAGGCCGGCAGCGCACGGAAAAUGUUCAUGCCAACCUGACACACACAACGCACACCGGACACCGGACACGAGUGGGAUAGAUGGUCUCUACCGGCUCAUAUGGCUCACCCACCAUGUGCACGACGUCCUGCAUGAUCUGCUCGUUGUAGAAAUUGCGAGUGUUGUUGACGUACCUAACCAACAGACACAGAGACAGACAGACAGACAGACACACAGAGAGACGUGCAUCAAUCUAAUCUCUCUCUCUCUCUCUCUGUGUGUGUGUAUGUGUGUGUGUGUGUGUGUGUAUGUUGUCGGUGUGUCUGCGUUGAUUCACUCGUGGCUCGCUCACUCGACAAUCUCCAGUAGCGUCUGUCGUUUGGCCUCCUUCUCCUUCAUGUAAGCGUCGGGCUGCUUGAAGUCGUAUACGUAACAGCACGCCUGCAGCUUCUUGCGGAACAACUCCACUCGCUCACUCGCUGGCGCCUCUGAUACCAUAGAUGCGCCACGCCAUGCACACAGACAGACGCAUCUUGCCCCUCCUCUCUCUGUUUCUUGCCUCUCUCUCUCUGUGUGUCCGUCUCUCUCUCUCUCUCUGUGUGUGUGUGUGUGUGUGUGUGUGUGUACCUCUGAGUGCGGGCAGUGCGGCGAAUGGGUUCUCCUCGCCCACGGUGUUGGCGUUUCUGUUGCCCCGGCCGGGCGGCGCCAUCGCACCCACACCGCGGUUCGGACUCACCGCCCCUGCUGCCUUGGGAGCUGGUUUGUAAAGCAAUCGCACACACACAUAUACAGAGAGAGAUGAGCGCGUGCAGGUGGUUGCCAUCCAAUUGCCAUGCCCUCGGGUACGGUACCCACCGACCCGGUGUGGAGGUUUGUGCGGAUGGCGGCGAUGCGGGAGGAGGCUGACCGGACGGGGCACCUGCCUUGGGCUGCACACACCACACACAAAGGCAGGCACCAAUGACAGACAGACAGACAGACACGCAACACAACGCACGGAUCAGAGAAAAACGGUGCGGUGUUGGAGUCUUUCUCACCGCCGGCUUCUCGUUGGCACCCUGCAGUUGAGCGAAUGGAGUGAGGUCCAUGCAGACACAGACACAGACACACACACACCAAGAGAGCCAUGCAUGUCACGAUGCAUGACGAGAUAGAAGAAAGGUCUUCUAUGCGAGCCUGUCUGUCUGUCUGUAUGUCUGUCUGUGUGCGCCUGAUCUUCUCUUUUGGUUGGCGUGGUGUGUGGUGUGUGUGGUUCCUUACUGUGUCGGUUACCAUGCGCCGUUUGACACUUUGGAUCAACCUGCACACACACACACACACACACACAUGCAACGAACGAACACAGGUACAGCACAGAUAGCACAAACAAACAGACAUGACACACACCGAGGGACACAUCCAUCCAUCCAUCCAGACACACACAUCAACCAAGUAACCACCAUGGUACACACACUGCUCGUCUCCUCUCCUUGUGUGUCCCUCCCUGCCUGCGUCCGUGAGCACAUGUGUGUCGCCUGGCUUGGCUCCCUCCCUCCCUCCCAUGCUAUGCUGCUUAUUCCCUUUACUUCAUGAUGGUGUCUGUGUGGGUGUGGCGCUGCUGAGUCAGUCGGCGAUGCUCUCAAUCAACCAAAGACCACCACAGAAAGAAAGACGCUCCAAAAUCGCUUCAAACUCCCCACAGCACAACUCCCACAGCGAUGGCAGACGGUUGCAGGGCCUCAGCGGCCUGACGCUGCUCUGCUUGACCCGCUCGUGAGAAGAGCUCCUGAGUUGGGUGGUCAGGCCGCCAUGCCCGAUGGCAGAGAAGGACAAAGGCAGCCUCAGCCCUCCUGCUUCUCUCACC